CGCCCGGCCCCAGACGCCGCCCCCGCCGGCCCGCCUCCUCUCCUUUACAUGCCGUGAACCCGCAGCGAUCCGUCCACCCCUUCGUCUCCCGCGAGACACAGAGCUUGCCACUAGGCAGGCGGGCAGGCGGGCGGGCGGGCGGCCAUGAGCGCGAAGAGCAACCAUAAGCAGCAGCAGCAGGCGCGGAUGGUGGCGGCGGCCAUGUCGACCCCGUGCUCCAUCAAGCCCCUGCUCGUCGCCAUCCCCCUCGCCCUCGGCUUCGCGCUCGGCAUCGUCGCCACGCUCUCCCUCAUGGGCUCGUCGGCGUCCUCGGCUCUACCAGGCGCCGCCCUCGAGCUCUUCUUCCCGUCGCCCCCCGUCAACGUGUCCACCCAGGUGCGGUCGCGUCGGCCACCGCGGCCGGUGCAGGUGCAGCCUCAGGCGGCACCGGCAGUCAGAGCCUCGUCCCCGCCGCCGCCGCCGCCCGUGGCCGACGCGGGCGUUAAUAAGCAUGCGGCUCUGCCAGCACAACGACGACGGGCGGCACCAGCAGCCGGCGUCUCGUCUCCGCCGUCGCCGCCGCUGGCUGAUGCCGGCAGCGACGACAAGCGUCCGGUUCUGCCUGUGAAUGCGACCACUGCUGAUGAGGAGCAGGGUGAAGGGACGGUGGUCGACGACGACGAGCGGCUGCUGGCGCUGGCGGCGGCGGCGCCGAGGGCGGUGCGCGUGGGGGCGGGGGCCGCGCCCAAGGUGGCGUUCCUGUUCCUGGCCAAGUGGGGCCUGCCGAUGGCGCCGCUGUGGGAGCGCUUCUUCGAGGGCCACCGCGGGCUCUACUCCGUCUACGUCCACACCGACCCGGCCUUCAACGCCUCCGCCGCCGCCCCGGACAUCGGCUCCGCCUUCCACCGCCGACACAUCCCCAGCAAGGUACGUACUACGUCUACACACGUGCACAUCAGCAUCACGAUCGCAUGUACGCCCACUGGAAUCGAUGUCUAGCUUAUCUUCCUGCUCGGUUUUUGGUAAAACAACAACCCGUAGCAGUAGUCGAUUUCUUGGAUGCAUGAAUUUGCACGGCGGCAUUUCUCACUCCACGGCAUUGACGCGCCCUCCACAUGCUAUGCUUUCAAAAUGCUUGCACCAUGCAUGCAUGCAUGUAUUGACCCGCUAAUUCGGUCCUGAUUUCACACGAAAAGUGAGACGUCUAGUUUGACACGAGAUGAAGGAGUGUGUCGUCGUUCUCCAAGGAGAAGGAUAGGAAAGUCCAUCUGAGCCAGCUAGGUGUCAGGAGGAGAUGGCUUUGGUAUCAUCACUGUGUGUGCUCCGUCCUGUGUCUUGGCUGCGCACGCGAUGUGCCAGUGGUUGAUUGGCUCCAUCGACGCGGUCACAUGGGAAGCGCGGAGUUCCACACGGGGCGCGAGAUCGCGCGAUGCAUUCCAAGAUGCUGGAGAACGACGCUUUCGUUUCUGUCUUUCCCUUUUGUUUUUCUUGUCAAAAUUGUUAUUUCAAAUUACACACCGCUGGCGUUUUUAGGCUAGUCAUAGUGAAGAGUAACUUAGACUAAUGUCAUGCGUAUGAUACUAGUUUAUAUUACUAUCUUCAUAGUGUAAAGUAACAUAGAAGUAGUAACAUAUAUGACUGCAUUUAUUAGCUUAUAGACUCAACAUUUCUUGAGAAGCGCUAUGUGAUGGUAACAUAAUAUGUUACUCUAAACACCUCUCUCUUCAUUAACUAGCUGUCACAUAAGCAAAUUUAUCUUGGGAUAUGUUAUGUUACUAGCUAACUUACUCCCACUAUGACUAGCCUUAACCGUUUUUCUACUUCUUGAGGAUGAAAAACGUAUUUUUUUAACAAUUAUAUUACACCAUUGUACUAUUUUGUAGAAAUAUUAAUUAGAAUGUAGAUGCACACGGCUCACUCACACCACCACACACUCACACUCGCACAAUGCUUACUGAAAUCCUCUACUACGUAUUACACAAUUCAAAAUGGUUAAUAUUUGUCUGAUUACACUAUUCUAGUCUUCUACUGUUAGCCAAUCUAAAUUUAUUAUCUGCUGCUUUGCU